AUGCUUGGAAUAAGAUCAUUGCUGUCUGCACCGACCAGACUGUCCAGCACAUCGAUGCUUGGCAAUGGAAGUCUCAUCACCAACUCAAGAGGCAUCAUCAACCUGUAUAAUCUUUCGAACCCAACAUCAUCACGCUUUAUCACAUCAUCCACUCAAAUCAACAACAACAACAACUCAAACAACAACUCAAACAACAACAACAAAUAUAAUAUUACAUUGAAUGGACGCAAGUCAUUCUCAACUGCUGCCGCCGCACCAGCCCCAGCAGUCAACAACAACAUUGAAAAGACAGUAUCCGAGCACUUUGAACAUAAUGCCAUCCUCACACCAGGUGCAACGUUCACCGUGCCCGUCAUCAGCUUAACAACCAAGCACAGCGUAGACAAUGUCGUCCUGUUAAAGAGCAUCUUCAACACUCCCUUGAGAGUCGAUCUACUUCAUAGAGUUGUUAGAUGGCAGAGAGCCAAGGCCAUGCAGGGCACUCAUUAUGCACAGAACAUGGGCGACAUUGAUCGUACCAACAAGAAGCCAAUGUCACAGAAGGGUAAUGGUCGUGCUCGUCAGGGUACUAACCACGCCAUUCAGAUGAGAGGUGGAGCAAGAGCCUUCCCUCCCAAGCCAAGAGAUCACUCCUUUUCACUGCCCAAGAAGGUGCGCGCACUCGCUCUCAAGGUGGCCCUGUCCACCAAGCUGGCACAGAACAAGCUGGUCAUUGUCGACUCGCUGCAGCUCGGCUCACAUCGCACCAAAGAGCUGGAAGCUCUGCUGCCCGAGGUCUGGGGCAGGAGUCUGUUGGUGGACAGCGACAUUGCCGCCAACCUCAGUCUGGCCGCCUUCAACCUGAAACACAUCGACCUGCUCCCACAGCGUGGCAUCAACGUCUACUCGAUCCUGCAGAAGGACACGCUCGUCCUCACCAAAGAGGCCGUCGAGCUGAUCCAGAAGAGGUUGUCCGAGUAA